CUCACACUUUCUCCCCGUUUUGUAACUUUCAGGUCUGGGGUGUAGGAAUAAAGCCCUUUGCCCGGACCAAGAAGGAGUGCGUGCUAGCAGAGACUGGGCUGCUCGCUGGAGGACUUCCCGCCAGCGCCAGGCUGCCCGGCCAAGUGGGGAGCGGACAGGCGGGCGGGCAGGUGGCCCUGGGCCGCCGCGCCCGAGCCUUGGCUCUGCCCCCUGGAGCCAAGCAAGCCUCUGCUCCCUCGUGGUGCGAGGGCGGUGAUGUUUUUCCUCCCACCCACUUCUAAGUUCCCCCUCCCCCCUCGCGCGCUCUCAAGCUCUCGCCACAACCUGCGAGCCCCAGACCUCGGAGGAGCGCCCCAGGGAACUCAGAGCGUGUGCAAGCGUGGCAGACGGAGGAGGCCAGUGCCCAGGUUUAGUCCAUCACUCCUCGGAGUCUCUGAAUUGCAUUUUGCAGUAGUUCAAAGAAGAAAAAAGUGGAAAAUGGGAGGCUUGAAAUAUAUAGUCUCCUUGUUUUUGUUUUUUAUUUUCCUAGAAGGAAGCAAAACAGAGCAAGUAAAACAUUCGGAAACAUAUUGUGUGUUUCAAGACAAGAAGUAUAGAGUGGGUGAGAAAUGGCAUCCCUACCUGGAACCUUACGGACUGGUUUACUGUGUGAACUGCAUCUGCACAGAGAAUGGGAAUGUGCUUUGCAGCCGAGUCAGAUGUCCAAGUCUCCAUUGCCUCUCACCCGUGCAUAUCCCUCAUCUGUGUUGCCCCCGUUGCCCAGAAGAUGCCUUACCACCUGUGAACAAUAAGGUAACCAGCAAGUCGUGUGAGUAUAAUGGAACUACUUACCAACAUGGAGAACUGUUCAUGGCUGAAGGGCUUUUUCAGAACCGGCAACCCAACCAGUGCACCCAGUGUAGCUGCUCGGAGGGGAAUGUGUACUGUGGUCUCAAGACUUGCCCUAAACUGACCUGUGCGUUCCCAGUCUCUGUUCCAGAUUCUUGCUGCAGGGUAUGCAGAGGGGAUGGAGAAUUGUCGUGGGAACAUUCUGAUGGUGAUAUCUUCCGGCAACCUGCCAACAGAGAAGCAAGACAUUCUUAUCUCCGUUCUCCCUAUGAUCCUUCACCAAGCAGACAAGCUGGAGGUUCUCCUCGCUUUCCUGGGGGAAGAAGUCACCGGGGAACUCUUAUGGAUUCCCAGCAAGCAUCAGGGACCAUCGUGCAGAUUGUCAUCAAUAACAAGCACAAACAUGGACAAGUGUGUGUUUCCAAUGGAAAGACCUAUUCUCAUGGAGAGUCCUGGCACCCAAAUCUACGGGCCUUUGGCAUUGUGGAAUGUGUGCUCUGCACUUGCAAUGUCACCAAGCAAGAAUGUAAGAAAAUCCACUGCCCCAAUCGGUACCCCUGCAAGUAUCCUCAAAAAAUAGAUGGAAAGUGCUGCAAGGUGUGUCCAGGUAAAAAGGCAAAAGAAGAACCUCCAAGCCAAAACUUUGACAGCAAAGGUUACUUUUGUGGAGAAGAAACCAUGCCUGUUUAUGAGUCGGUGUUCAUGGAGGAUGGAGAGACUACCAGAAAAAUAGCACUGGAGACUGAGAGACCACCUCAAGUAGAGGUCCACGUUUGGACCAUUCGGAAGGGCAUUCUCCAGCACUUUCACAUUGAGAAGAUAUCCAAGAGGAUGUUUGGGGAGCUCCAUCAUUUCAAGCUGGUGACUCGGACCACCUUAAACCAGUGGAAGAUCUUCACUGAAGGAGAAGCUCGGCUCAGCCAGAUGUGUUCAAGUCGGGUGUGCAGAACAGAACUGGAAGAUUUGGUCCAGGUUUUGUACCUGGAGAGACCUGAAAAGGGCCACUGUUAGACAAAACAGUCAGGAUUGGAUAGUAUCAAUUAAGGAAACCCAAGCUGCAGCUGGACUGCUGGCUUCCAUUGCUUAAGUCAACAGCGCUCUAAAACCCCAAAGUCAGACGCAGUCAAAUUAUCCACGCCAGCCACAACAUACCUUGUUCCUCUAUGUGCAGUGGUGUGCCAGCCCUCAAACAUCUCCUCUAAAGAGAAUAGAGGAGUCUUUAAUGGUUUCUGGAGGGAGAAGGGAUAGAGCAUUCUGGUGCAGCUUUAGUUUCUCUGAGAAUCACUUUUAUUUGAAGGUUAAAAGAAAACACUUUUAGGGAUUCUGUGUAGAAAGUUAGUCACGUGAAAGGAAGAGAAGAAAAUUGUUCAGUAUAAGUUGGGUCACAUAGAGCAAUCAUUUGUAUGAAAUGUCUUUCGAAUGCUCAUGUGUCUUCCAUUCUUUAAAUAAACGAACUUAUUCAGUGGGCGGAACUACAGGUCAGUCAGUUGUAGAGCACACACCUAACACAUGGAGCCUUGGGCUCUACUUUCAAUACUGAAAAAAAUCAUCCUCAUAUCUCAUAUACGCACGUACGAAAAGACACCCAGACUACACAUGAAGCUGCCCUUGUUUCUGGCUCCUAAAUACUGUUGGGGCUGUUGGCACCCAGGAAAACAGAUUCAAAAUGUAUGUAGAAGACUGCCCUCAAGACUUUAAGGGUGAAGAAUGCCAGUUAAGGGUCUUGUUUACUUUGAAGUGCCAAAUUCACUAUGUCGGAUAAUACCACUUCUCUUUCUUGAACUGAACCUCCAUUAGGAAGGUAGAACUUGGUGAAAUUGUCAGAAACUAAGUUCAUACCAAGCAAUACAUAACUGUAGAAGAUUCAUAGCUGUAGAAGAAUACACCUGAUGAAAACAAAGUAGUUCAUCUUUUUUGUUGCUUUCACAGCUAUAAUACUCAACUAGCAUAUAAACUAAUGCUCGCUAAUUUCCUUGUGGCCAUAGUCACCCAGACAACACUUUACUUUGAAUUAUUCUAAAAGCUGUUUUUAAGGGCUCUCUUAUUUCUCUGACUACAGGAGUUGAAAUUUGACUUUAUCAAGAGACUCAGUCCUUGUGAGCUUCUGAACAUUGGUUCUUCUGUCAAGAGAGAGUUACUGUUCAUUCAGGGAACUGAGAAUUCUGACACAGACCUUUCUCCUAAACCUUCCCACUAGCCUUGCCUUAUCCACAAGCAUAGGUUGUAUCUGGGAUUUUUGACAAGGCUGCUCCUGGAAUGUUUAUUUGCAGCCCAAUGCCAUAGCAUAAAUUAUGCUUUCUGAGGCUUGGCUUUAGAAACCCUCUUUGUGGAGAAACUAUAAAUAAUUCCUAACAAGGAGCGUAGGGCUGACUUCUGGAUCUGUCCUCUUGCAGGAGCAUGAAUGAGCAAUACGAGGACCUAGAAACCCUGCAUUUCCCACACUAGGCAAGAGAACAUGAUAGGAAAAAAUGUGCAAACGGUCUGGUCUUUAUGGGAACCUGGCAGAGAAGGGGCAGUUUCCACACACACACACACAAAAAAAAAAAAAAGACACUAGGCUUUGGGGCCAGGGCUUCAUGAGACAAAUUUCUUGCCAGCUGGUCAUACACAUUCUCCUCAUAAGUGGGACAUAAGCUUCCUGGGCUAUAAAGCCACAGAACAUCAUUGAAAAUGUGAUGGGAGAAGUAUCAAUCCACAGCUGCCUCCCUCUCGGGGGAAAGGGAGGGGGAACCAUAUUUCCAGAGUGUGGAGAUCUGUAACCAGAUCCUGAAGGAAAGGGGUGAUUCCCCCUGCUCGAUGAUUCACCCCAAAGCCUUCCCACCCAGGUGUUCUCUGAAAUCUUAGCCUCAAGGGAACACCUAAAGAGCUCCCCUAGAUAGACUCCUGCCUCCAGGUGCAGCAACACACCUUUCUAAAGUGCUGUGGGAAGCAGGAACUGGGGAUUUCGAUGUAGAAACCCUCCAGGUUUUGAUGUUGGGUAGAGUGUAGGGUAUGCGGAGAGAGAUCAAACUGCCUGUAGUGAGUAGGGAAGAAUGGAUAUGGUUCUUUUUUUGGUAUUUAUUUGUAUCAUAAACACUUGGGACAGCAAAGACCAGAGGCACCAUUUUGCAGUUUUAUCCAUUUUUCUAAAGUUAGCCCAUGUAAACAAGUCUGAGUAACGUAACAGUGUUACCCUUUCGCUUUUCUCACAGGACAUGUACCCAGGUAUGGUACUUAUUUAUGGAGUCACUGUGUUUCUGGAUUUUUAAAUUAAUAAAAUUUUAAUUUAAAAAGGU